AGAGAAUGAGAGUGCAGCUGUCAUAGCAAGGCGAUAUGCAGAGCAUUUAUUGAGACCGCUUCUUGACGAGAUGACUUAUUUAAUUGGUACAUACCCAGAAGCAAGGCUUGUAAAAUGUUGUGACGUUGAACACCCUUUGUCUGGCCAUUGUGGAGAUACUUCCUUUGGUUUACAAAAUGGAUGGCAUGGAAAGUUGGACAUACUUAUCAUGGAUAAAGAUGAGUCUGGACAACCUGCAUUAGGAUUACCUGUAUUUAUUGUAGAGUCAUUUGAUGACGACGAUGAUGUUUCUGUGUCCUCGGCAAAUUCAUACGAUAAUCAUAAGGAUAAUUCAUGGGCUCAGAGUAUCGCAGAAACUAUAGUGUUUUCAUUUUUACAACGUAAACAGAAUUUCGGAAAUUUACAGAAUUAUUUGAUACCUGGCAUAGGAAUUAGUAGUGAAAAGAUAGUUGUAUUUAUGUACGACUGUGAGAAUGACGUUCUCCUAGCAUCUGUAGGAAUGGAUCUGUUUGAUAAAGGUGAUGUUCACAUGAGGACCAUAAUAUUUCUCUGGUUAGUUUUGAAUUACAAGUUGUUUUGCAGCGGAGUUAUUGAUGAUUUUAAAAGUUACCGAGCAAAUUUUCACCGAUUGGUUGGUGAUGAGAAACUUGAGCAAUAUAAAACUGAAGUAUCUUUUCCAUUCUGCAUAAAUUACACCAAAAAUAAGCGUUUUGAUCCAAAUAAACUUUACACACCGAAAAAUCUUAAAAGGAGCUUAGAUUACCCAGAAGUCAAAAGUUUGAAAUUAUUCAAAAAGCAAUGACUCUAGAAAAAGAGUAUCACACAUCCUAAAAGAAAAUUGUUAUCUUAAGUCUGUUUAGCACACCUUGUCAAAUAAAUUUAUAGCUUAUGCAAGCU